UUUUGUAGACAGCAUCAAAAGCACGAGGCUCUUUCAGUUCGUUUUAAAGUUAGAAUGCCAGUCAUUUGUGGUAUUGUUGGUUGCUCCAACCGCAGCAAUAGAGAAAGGGAUGUUAGAUAUUUUAAGGUACCGAAAGUUAUUUUAGGUCAAGGGGAAGAAACAAAGAAAUUAUCGGAAGAACGUAGACGACUAUGGAAAGCAGCUAUCCGUCGGAAAGAUAUUACCUCAGAGGAGAAAUGGGAUAGAACACGCGUUUGUUCAAAACACUUUGUUGGAGGUGAAAAUGCAUAUCUUCACGACAGGAAUAGUCCAUCAUGGCUGCCAACAAUUGCUUUGGGUCACUCAAGUACAAAGCCAGAGCCAUCAAAUGCAAGGUACCAUCGUGCUAAGCAACGUGAAGGUAAAAGGAAAGUGUCAGAUGCCAUCUCAUCACUAUUGACACUUAAAAACCCUCGCCUUGCUGCUGCAAACAUCAUCCAUGAACAUGACAGUGCAAUGAUUUCACAUGCCUCACAGAUAACAGACAGUCUGGAAGCACCCGAGGAACCAGUGUUUACUACUUGUGAAAGAGGGACUCAAACUGACAGUUUCAUAUCUACAUCUGAGGCAGGGACUCAAACAGAGUUGACAUCAGAAUAUAUUGCUAAAAUUGAAAAUGACAACAAGGCACGUGUAUUAGAGGCCAGCGCUUUCAAAAAGCAUGCAUUUUCAAGAGAGGGUCUUUAUAGUUUUUCUGCUUUUGAAAAUGAUGACAAAAAGGUAUCUUUCUAUACAGGACUGCCUGAUUUAGAAACUUUAAAAGUGGCAUUUGACUUGAUUGAAUACCAGAUGAGUAAUUCUUCAAAAUGUCUUUCAAAGGAAAAUCAGUUCAUGUUAUGCAUGAUUAAGCUCAGGUUGAAUUAUUGCUUUCAAGACAUAGCUUACCAACUUAAUGUAUCAUUAUCUACAGUUCAAAAAUGUUUUCAUUCUGUCCUUGAUCUUUUGUAUAUAAGAUUAAGUUUUUUUGUGAAAUGGCCAGAAAGAGAAAGUUUAAGAAUAUCAAUGCAAAUGUCGUUCAGGAAAGAAUUUGGUACGAAAGUUGCAGUAAUUUUGGAUUGUUUUGAGCUGAAAAUAGAAAAACCCAGUGCCCCCCUCAGCAAAGUGUACACAUAUUCAAACUAUAAGCACUACCACUCAGUAAAGUAUCUGAUUGGCAUUGCCCCGCAGGGUGUCAUUACUUUUAUUUCUGAGGGUUGGGGUGGGCGCACAUCAGAUAAGCACAUCACUGAAGAAUCUGGAAUUUUGGAGAAUCUUUUGCCAGGUGACAUAGUAAUGGUAGAUCGAGGUUUUACUAUUGAAGAAAGUGUUAACUUCUAUCAAGCUGAAUUGGCCAUUCCAGCUUUUACCAAAGGAAAGUCUCAGCUACACCCCAUGGAUGUAGAAGGAACACGCAAAAUUGCAAAUGUUCGUAUUCACGUGGAAAGAGUAAUUGGUCUUGUAUGUCGCAAAUUUGGCAUCUUAGAUGGUACAAUACCAAUUGACUUCUUGAAACUUAGAAAUGGAGAAACUGUUCCGACUAUUGAUAAGAUUGUACAUGUCUGCUGUUUCCUCACAAACCUGUGUCCAUCAGUGGUGCCCUUUGAUUAGUAGACAAUUAUAUGAUUCAGCAGUGUUUUACAAAAUAUAUUUGUUUCAAAUGCAAUUAAGUAUGAAUGUAAGUUAGGUUAAGACAAUCCCAGGCAUUCAUGCGGAGGUACAUGUUUACUGUAUACCUGAUCGGUUUUGUUGAAACAUACUUUUGUUACAAUUGUAUUUUGUAUAAUCAUAUGCGAGAUAGUAAGUGAAUAAAGCCAUUCAAGUGGUUAUACAGAGAAAAGUAAAAUCAAGUGUGAACAAUCUGGAUGAGCUAUAACAUGCCAGUAAUGAUCUGCAUAGGAUAUUGAUAAUGAUGCUGCUGUUGCAAGUAA